GUGAAAGAUUUGAUGAAGAAGAGUAAUCCAUCGAAAGAGCUGUCGAUCUACGAGCGCUUUGCUGCAGGAAGUAUCGCUGGAAGUCUUUCUCAGAGUGUCAUUUAUCCUUUGGAAGUGUUAAAAACGAGGCUGGCGUUGCGACGAACCUAUGAGCUCAGUGAAGGGAUCGUCAGCGCGCUGCGACAGAUCUAUCACGGGGAAGGUUGGCGAGCGUUUUAUUGCGGCUAUCUUCCAAACAUGCUUGGCAUCAUACCUUAUGCUGGUAUCGACCUUGGAAUUUAUGAGACGAUGAAAAGAAUGUAUGCUACUGCGAAUCCUGAAAAGGUCGAUCCGAGCAUCCUUGUUCUGCUCGGUUGCGGUACGACCAGUACCAUCUGCGGUCAGCUGGCCUGUUAUCCCUUGGCGUUAGUUCGCACCCGCCUUCAGGCGAACAGAGCGUCACGUUAUUACGAUCAGCCAUCGACUAUGGUUGGACAGUUUACGUACAUCUUGCGCAACGAGGGUGUGACUGGCCUGUAUCGCGGACUGACGCCGAACUUCAUGAAGGUUGUGCCGGCGGUCGGUGUUAGUUACGUUGUUUAUGAGACGGUCAGGAAGCGGUUCGGGGCGACCAUGACUUGA